AUGCCUCCUAUGGCAAUUUUGCAAGUUUUUAGAAGAAACUGCAAAGUUGUAAGCGUUCCUUUUCGAUUAUGGAGGAUUGGAGGUGAUCAUCCGCGUUACGGAUCUACGCUGGCCUCCCACAAGGGCACGGGCCACCUCAUUCGCAAGGGCACCGGUGGCCGAUCCUCCGUCAGUGGCAUUAUAGCUAUUGUUUUUGGUGCUACUGGAUUCCUUGGACGUUAUCUUGUGCAACAGCUUGCUAAAAUGGGAUCUCAGGUGUUGGUUCCAUUCCGAGGUUCUGAGGAUAACCCUCGUCAUCUCAAACUGAUGGGAGAUUGGGACAGGUAG